UGUUGUUUGCAGCGAUGAUCAUUUACCGGCUUUUUCUGUUGUUGAGUUUUGUGAAGGAAUAGAAGUAAUUAAAACGAAUUGGGAAAUUUUCAACCAGAAAAAUAAAAUGAUUGCUGCUUAUUUUCCUCCAUUCCGCUUCGAAAAUGAAUUUUUAAAAAUUAUUAAGAAUAAUGAAAGACCGACCAGUGAGUGGGCAGAUAAAAAUGGCGAACCUUGGGAAGUUGUAAAAGUUUUACAACAAUCAAACACCUACGACAAAGCAAAAAAGCAAUGUCACUAUUAUUCGAAUUGUCUGAAUUAGACACUGAUGACAAUGUCAACAUGGAGCGAUUGAAAAAAACUAGACACGCUCGCAACUUGGAAAAAAAAGCGAGCAGGGAACAGGAGAAGAAAAGUAUUGAACAAUCGAAAUCUGUGCGGAAAAUUUUGUUUACUCCAUGCAAUUCCAAAGCUACGAUAAACGUGCAAUCGACUGGAGGUGAGGAACAAGAUGAAUUUAAAAAUUUGGAUAAGGAUCUGGAGCCGGAUAUCGAAGUGGAAGAGUUCGAGGAACAACUUACACCACUACAACAAAGAGCCUCAACUAGCAGAAAAAUAACCGCUCUAGUACCUGGAAAGGAAAAUAAGGUCCAGGUUAUUGAAACCGAUUCAAUGGAUAGUGAAAUGGAAAUAGAUGAGAUUGAGAAGCAACCUUCACAAUUACAACAAACAGCCUCGAUUAGCCAAGAAGCUAUAACUGCAAUACCUGGAAAUAGAAGUAAGAAUCAGACUGUUGAAUCGGAUAUCGAAAGGGAAUUGGAAGAGUUCGAGAAGCAGUCUACACCAUUACAACAAAAGGGUGCAUGAGGUCAAGAAUCUUGGAAAACUUCGGACCCUCCAAUUGACAGUAUG